CCAUUCGCCACAUACAUGGCAAGCUCAAUCGUUAGCACCAUGGCACUUUGCAGAGCGCGCAGCGGGCUGCUGCUUCUCGCCAUGGCCCUGCUCCCUCUGGGCAUGGCCACGGACGCCAUCGGCAGUAACUGCGCCGGAACCAGGUACGCUGGCAGCGGCAAGGCCAACAUCGACUCCGUCCUGGCGGACCUCGUCGCCAAGGGCUCCUCGGGAGGCUUCGCCAUGGCCGUUGCCGGCAAGGGUAAUAGCACCGUCGUCUACGGCCUCGCGCAAUGCCGCGGCGACGUCUCCGCCAGCGACUGCUCCGCCUGCCUCGCGGACGCCGCCAAGCAGCUCCCCGCCGCCUGCAGCUACCAGUCCGACGCCAGAAUAUGGUACGACUUCUGCUUCAUGCGGUACGAUAACACAGACUUCGCCGGGCAGUCGGACACGGGCGCCGGCGUGAUCCUGGUGAACGUGCAGGCGGCCGACGACCCCAAGCCGUUCAAGAAGGCGGUGGGGAAGGUGAUGAACAAGGCGACGGCGCAGUCGUCGGCGUCGGGCCGCGCGGGGCUCGGCAGGUCCAAGGACCAGUACACGCCAUUCGUCACCAUCUACGGCCUGGCGCAGUGCACGCGGGACCUCGCGCCGCUGGCGUGCGCGCAGUGCGUCUCGGUGGCGCUGUCCAAGUUCGGCGACUACUGCGGCGCGCAGCAGGGCUGCCAGAUCAACUACAGCAGCUGUAGGGUGCGCUACGAGAUCUACCCCUUCUACUUCCCGCUCGACGGCGCCGAUGGCCGCGCCACCACCGAUAUGACGAAAUACACCAAGAUCGUCGUGCACGCUUGACGUAGAGGCUCCUUGCACAUGUCCGAUGUGCUUCAUGCAAUAACGUACUAUUGCUAUUAUUAUCGUACUUUUGGUGUUUAUUAGAUGCAAGUGAGACGUGAUAUUUGAGCUGCAUGCACUUAAUAAGCGGGUGUUAUGUAAGCUGUAGAAUAAAAUUAUGAACGAAGCUCCGGUACUUGCAGUCGUUGCUAGAUGGUUCACAAACAUGGUUGUAAUUUUUAUUACCUCUGUUGUUCUUUGUACUGUUA